CCCUUCCAACAAAAUAUAAAUCAGUUUUGUUUUUCCCUAUACUAAAUUUUCCUUUAUCUCUCAUUAUCUCCCUCUCAAAGUUGGCGGAUCUCCAAUUUUCACUUAUAAUACCAUUUCCUUGAUUCACUCUUCAUCUGUUCCCUUCAACCAAUUAUCCUUAAUUCCCAUUUGCUUCUCUCAUACUUACAACCUAAUGGACACAACAAUAAUGGUACCUGAAAAAUUCUGGUUCUCAUUUCUUGGUGAUUUUGUGGGAUGGCAUCAAUCAUUCAUUUCUUUUGGCAGUUUCCUCAAUUGGUGAUAUGGAUUACCUUCCUGUUGAGGUCAUUGGGAAUAUCCUCUCUCAUCUCGGAGCAGCGAGGGAUGUAAUCGUAGCUUCCGCAACGUGUAGAAAGUGGCGCGAAGCUUGUCAGAAACACCUCCAUACUCUUUCAUUCAAUUCUCAUGAUUGGCCACUCUAUCAAGACCUAAGUACUAGUAGGCUCGAGAUACUGAUUACUCAGACAUUGUUUCAAACUACACGUUUACAAGGUUUAUCAAUAUUGAUGGACGAUGUUGACGAGUUCUCGGCUUCCACUGUAGUUGCUUGGCUCAUGUAUACGAGAGAAUCGUUGCAAUGGUUGUUUUACAAUGUCCGAACGACUCCGAAUAUUAACAUUCUUGAUAUAUGCGGGAGACAGAAGCUGGAAAUGUUGGUGCUUGCUCAUAAUUCCGUAUCAGGGGUCGAACCAAAUUAUCAGAGGUUCCUUUGCCUAAAAUCCCUUUCAUUAAGUUAUGUCAGUAUUUCAGCAUUGGAUCUGAAUUUAUUACUGACAGCUUGUCCGAAGAUCGAAAUUUUAGCUCUUAUGAAUCCGGAGAUCGCAAUGUCGGAUGCACAGGUAACUGUUGAGCUGAACAGCACUACACUAAAGAGUAUCUACAUCGAAGCGAUAAGUUUGGACAAGUUUAUAUUGGAAGCUGACAGCCUUGAGAAUCUGCACUUAAAAGACUGUGCGCUUGAGCUUUUUGAGCUCGUCGGAAAAGGAACUUUGAAGUAUUUCAAGAUCGAUGAUGUUAGUAUUAUACAUCUCGAUGUCGGUGACGCUGUUGAUAAUCUUGAAACUGUAGAUGUUAGUAAUUUCACGAUAAAUUGGUCCAAGUUCUAUCAGAUGAUUUCGAAAUCCUCCACGAUGAGAAGUCUCAGGUUAUGGGACGUUGUAUUUGAUGAAGAGGACGAAAUUGUGGAUGUGGAAACGAUUGCACUUUGCUUCCCACAAUUAAACCAUCUUGCAGUUAGUUAUGAUUUAAGAGACGACUUAAGGGAGGGAAUUCUUCAAUCUGGUUUACAAGGAUUAUCUCUGUUAGAGAAUGUCAAUGUGUUGGAGCUGGGAUCAACGGUAAUUAAUGACGUCUUUACUCAGUGGGUUGCUGGUCUACUGCAAAGAUGCCCUAAUCUCACCAAAUUAGUUAUUCAUGGAGUGAUUUCCGAGACUAAAACACAUGAAGAGUGCCAAAUGUUGGCUGGAUUUACCUCGUCUAUUGUUCAGCUGAUGAGGAAAUACAUGCACGUAGAUGUGCAGUUUGAAUUUGAGUAGAUCAGAAACAUACAUAAAUGUGGAGUAUCGGGCUCAAUCAACAAUAGCAGAGGCCGGUAGAAAAGGACACUUAAAACUCAGCGUGGAUAGAGGAGAUGGGCUAGUGUGCCAUGAUGCAUCCAAAUGCUAAAUGUUGUUUCCGCAAGUUGGACAUUUUCACGUUCCAACAGUUUGUGUCAAAAAAAAAAAAAAAAAAGACAA